AUGUAUCUCUUACCAUUGUUACUCGUAAACCUCUUUUUGGGCUUAAAUGCCCACUUCACUUUGGGACUCGCUGGCGCUGGACUCGCUGGUGCGGGACUCGCUGGUGCGGGACUCACUGGUGCAGGAGUCGCUGGUGCGGGACAAGGUUUCGCAGGACAGGCUGCCGCUGGACUAACUGCCGCUGGACAGGUUGCUGCUGCACAAGCUUUUGCGGGAUUAACUGCCGCUGAACAAUCUGCGGCACAAGUUGUUGCUGAACAAAUUGCCGCUGGACAAGCCUUUGGAGGACAAGCUGCUGCUGAACAAACUGCUGCUGGACAAGCUGCUGCACAAAUUGCCGCUGAACAAGCCACUGCUGGACAAGUUGCUGCUGGACAGGCUGCUGCCGGACAAGUUGCCGCUGGACAAGCUGCUGCCCAGAUUGCCGCUGAACAGGUUGCCGCUGGACAAGCCUUCGCUGAACUAAGUGCUGUUGAACAAGCUGCUGCACAUGUUGCUGCUGCUCAGAUUGCCGCCGCCCAGGCCACUGCAGGAUUAACUGCCGCAGAACAAGCCGCUGCACAGAUUGCCGCAGGACAAAUUGCCGCAGGACAAGUUGCCGCUGGACAAGCCUUCGCAGGACAAACUACUGCUGAACAAGCUGCUGCACAGGCUAUUGCUGCACAGGUUGCUGCUGGACAAGUUGCUGCUGGACAGACUGCUGCAGGACUAACUGCCGCUGAACAAGCUACUGCACAGGCUGUCGCUGGACAGAUUGUUGCUGGUCAAGCUGUUGCAGGAAAUGCUGCUGCUGCUAAACAAGCUGCUGUACAAAUUGCCGCUGGACAAAUUGCCGCUGGACAAGCCUUGGCUGGACUAAGUGCCAUUGAACAAGCUGCUGCACAAAUUGCUGCUGGGCUGCCGCUGGACAAGCCGCCGCUGGACACGCUACUGCUGGACAGGCUGCCUGCUGGACAAGCCGCCGCUGGACAAGCCGCCGCUAGACAUGCAACUGCUGGACACGCUGCCGCUGGACAAGCUGCCGCUGGACAAGCUGGUGCGAGAAAAGCUAGACAUAUUGCUGCUGGACAGGCUGCCGCAGGUCUCGCUGGCGCUGGAGUUGCUGGUGCCGGACUUGCUGGAGCAGGAUUCGCUGGUGCUGGAUUCGCUGCCGUAGGACAAGCUGCUGCUGGACAAGCUGCUGCUAGACAAGUUGCCGCUGGACAAAUCGCCGCUGGACAGGCUUUUGCAGGACUAACUGCUGCUGAACAAGCUACUGCACAAGUUGUUGCUGAACAGGUUGCCGCUGGACAAGCCUUUGCGGGACAAACUGCUGCUGGACAAGCUGCUGCACAAAUUGCCGCUGAACAGGUUGCUGCUGGACAAGCUACCGCUGGACAGAUUGCCGCUGGACAAAUGGCCGCUCGACAAGCUGCUGCCCAGAUUGCCGCUGGACAGUUUGCCGCUGGACAGGCUUUUGCUGCUGGAUUAACUACUGUUGAACAAGCCGCUGCACAGAUUGCCGCAGGACAGAUUGCCGUUGGACAGGCCAUGGCGGGACUCAGUGCCGCUGAACAAGCUGCAGCAGAGAUGGCCGCUGCACAAAUUGCUGCUGAACAAGUUGCCGCUGGACAAGCCUUCGCAGGACUAGCUGCUGCUAAACAAGCUGCUGCUGCACAAGUUGCUGCUAGACAGAUUGCUGCUGCACAAAUUGCCGCUGGACAGGCCUUCGCCGGACUAACUGCCGCUGAACAAGCUGCUGCACAAACUGCUGCUGCACAAGUUGCCACUGGACAAGCAGCCGCGGGACUAACUGCUGUUAAACAAGCUGCUGCUCAAGUUGCUGCUGCACAGAUUGCUGCUGGACAAGCUUUGGUGGGACUAACUGCUGCUGAACAAGUUGCUGCACAAAUUGCUGCUGGAGAAAUUGCCGCUGAACAGAUUGGCGCUGGACAGGCUGCCGCUGAACAGUUUGGAGCAAGACAAGCUUUUGCAGGAGUAGCUGGUGCUAGAUUUGCCAGACAUGUUGCUGAACAGGCUGCCGCUGGUCAGACUGCUGCUGGACAUGUUGCCGCAGGACAAGCUGCUGCUGGACAUGCUGCUGCUGCUGGGCAUGCUGCUGCUGCUGGACAUGCUGCCGUUGGAUAUGGUACUGCUGCUGGAAAAGCUACCGCUGGACAUGUUGCUGCUGGACAGGCUGCAGCCGGACAAGCUGGUGCGAGAAAGGUUAGACAUGUUGCUGCUGGACAAGCUGCUUGGGGACAUGCUGCCGCUGGACAGGCUGCUUUUGGACAAGCUGCUGCAGGACAGGGCUUUAUGGGAGUAGCUGGCGCUGGGCAGGCUGCUGCUGCUCAAGCUGCCGCUAGACAGGCUGCCGCUAGACAAGCUGCCGCUGGACAAGCUGCCUAUGGACAGGCUGGCGCUGGACAAGCUGCUUUUGGACAAGCUGCUUUUGGACAAACUGCCACAGGACAGGGAUUUAUGGGAGUAGCUGGCGCUGGUCACGCUGCUGCCGCUAGACAAGCUGCCGCUGGACAAGCUUCCUUUGGACAAACUGCCGCAGGACAGGGAUUUAUGGGAGUAGCUGGCGCUGGUCGGGCUGCUGCCGCUCAAGCUGCCGCUAGACAGGCUGCCACUAGACAAACUGCUGCUGGACAGGCUGCUUAUGGACAAGCUGGUUACGGACAGGCUGCCGCUGGACAAGCCACCUUUGGACAAGCUGCUGCAGGACAAGGAUUUAUGGGAGUAGCUGGUGCUGGUUAUGCUGCUGCCGCUAGACAAGCUGCCACUGGACAAGCUGGUGUAGGAUUGGUUGGCGCAAUGAGGACUGGCGCAGGAAGAGCUAGUGCCUUAGCAGUAGCUGCUUAA